UAACACUAUAGUCUUCCUCUCUUUUUUUUCUUCAAGUUUUUGGAGAUUUUUGUAGCCAUAUUUGAGGGGUGGGUGGUUGUGUUUUCCGGCGAAAAUGAAGUUUAACGGUGGCGGCCCCACAAGGGGUCGUCGUUUGCGGCUGAUCUUAGUGGCUUUGGCCGUAUUGGUUGUGGCAAAUGUAGUAUCGGCUGACCCUUAUGUAUAUUCUUCUCCACCUCCUCCCGCGUAUGAGUACAAGUCACCACCACCUCCUUCUCCUUCUCCGCCUCCACCUUACGUAUACAAAUCUCCACUUCCUCCUUCACCUUCUCCCCCGCCUCCAUAUGUCUAUACUUCUCCACCUCCUCCUUCACCAUCUCCACCACCACCAUAUGUAUACAAGUCUCCACCACCUCCAUCUCCCUCUCCACCACCACCAUAUGUAUACAAGUCUCCACCUCCCCCGUCACCAUCACCACCUCCACCGUAUUACUACAAGUCACCUCCUCCGCCAUCACCUUCACCACCACCACCAUACUACUAUAAAUCUCCUCCACCACCUUCACCAUCACCCCCGCCACCAUAUUAUUACAAAUCUCCACCACCACCCUCACCAUCACCACCUCCACCAUACUACUAUAAAUCUCCACCACCUCCUUCGCCUUCUCCACCACCACCUUACUAUUACAAAUCUCCUCCACCACCAUCACCGUCAUCUCCACCACCUUACUACUAUAAAUCUCCACCGCCUCCUAAGUCUUCACCACCCCCACCUUACUACUACAACUCCCCACCCCCACCCAAGAAGUCACCUCCACCACCAUAUUACUAUAGUUCUCCACCACCCCCGAAGAAGUCUCCUCCUCCACCAUACUACUACAACUCUCCUCCACCACCAAAGAAAUCACCUCCUCCACCAUAUCACUACACUUCACCACCACCACCAGCUAAGUCACCUCCUCCACCAUACUACUACAGCUCUCCUCCACCACCAAAGAAAUCACCUCCUCCACCGUAUCACUACACUUCUCCACCACCACCAGCUAAGUCGUCUCCUUCACCAUACUACUACACUUCACCACCACCACCAAAGAAAUCAUCUCCUCCACCAUACUACUACACUUCCCCACCACCACCUACUCACUAUUAUCCUCCACAUCAUCACUUUGUAGUCAAGGUUGUUGGAAAAGUUUACUGUUUUAGAUGCUAUGAUAAGGAAUACCCAGAAAAGUCUCAUGCUAAGAAGCACCUCAAAGGUGUUGUUGUUGAAGUGACUUGCAAGGCCGGUGACAAAGAAAUUGUGAGUUAUGGUACCACUAAGAUCAAUGGCAAAUUUAGCAUCACUGUUGAAGGAUUUGAAUAUAGCAAAUAUGGAGCAAAGGCUUGCAAGGCUAAACUCCACAAUGCUCCUAAGGAUUCAAAGUGUAGCAUUCCUACAAAUCUUCAUUGGGGAAUUAAGGGUGCUAACCUCAAAGUGAAGUCAAAGAAUAAAUAUGAAGUUGUACUCUAUGCAAAACCAUUUGCUUAUGGCUCUAAGACACCUUAUGCCGAAUGCAAAAAACCCAAUCCUACACCUGCUCCAUACUACUAUAAAUCUCCUCCACCUCCAUCACCAACUUAUGUUUAUAAGUCACCACCUCCUCCAUCACCAACAUAUGUUUACAAGUCACCACCUCCCCCAACCCCGACAUACGUUUAUAAAUCCAUACUAUUAUAA